GCUGCUGUCGGGAUGGGCUGCUGUCGGGAUGGGGUGCUGCCGCAGCCCGCGGGGAUGGCACUGCGCGCCGUGCAAUGGGGCUGCUCCCCGGCCCGUGCCUCAGGGUCAGCGUGCGGGGUGAGCCCGGGCUGCGGCCGGAGGUCCUGGUGGGAGCCAGCCCGGCCUGCGGGGCAAAGCCAUGCCGCCUCCGCUGAGGGGGCAUUGGGGCCGUAUCCUGCCCUCAGCCUCUCCUCCGUGUGUCAGAGCAAAAGAGCUGAGAGCCGACAUCCUGGCGGGACCCUGGCCCGGCCCACCGUGGGCCUCUGGGUGUUGUACUGCCCAGAUUGGUGCUGGGGGACAAAGUAAUGCGGUGUUCCUGCAGGGCGCUGAGGGGACAGGGGCCGUGUCCUGCCCGCAGCCCCUGCUCCAGGUGCCAGCGCAAAAGGACUGAGGCCAGAGGUGCUGGUACAUGGGCCUCUGGGUGCUGUACUGCUCGGAUUUGUGCUGGAGGACGAAGCGAUGCCCUGUCCCUGUAGCACAGAGGCACCGAGGGGAUGUGGGUUGUGCUCUUGCUGCAGCAUGGACGCUUCUCUGCUCUUGAAGCGUCUCGGCACUUAUUCGUACCCACUGCUCACCAGUGGAUUUAACUCCUCUCAAUCAGUACUGGGUUUUAUUGGACAUCUGUGAGAAGAACCUUACAGCAAGGCCAAAGAGUACCUCUGGGGCAAGCUGCUGGGCCCCAGCACACUGUUAUUCCAAAGUUUGGAGGAAGGCUCAACCAAGCAAUUGCUCUAACGCCUCCUUGACCAUCACAAAGAGUGCUUUGCAUGAUACCUGCAGGUUCUGUUUCGUCUGCAGACGGGAUAACGCCGAGGGCAAACCUUUCUCUGUCUUCUCUGGCUCUUCCUACAGGCAGAGGGGAAACCUCGUGAGUACCCUCCCUCCCCUGGCUCUGUCAGAGGUUGAUGUGCUCGAUGCUGGAGCUUCAGGAGGAGGUUGGGACUGGCAGAACUGCCUUGCUAGGGCAGUUUGUAUGAUUUGUAUCAUUUCACUCGGUAGCUUUUUUGCACAGCAUUUAGCACACCUCAGCCCGCGCAGAGAAACGGAUGGAUGUGUUCACCCUGUUAGAGCUGCUCCAGUGGAAAUGGGCAGAGCUGCUCCCUGCGCUGCAUCGCUCGCCCUGCCUGCGUGUGAGCACAUCACAGCCAGCACAGAGAAGGGCCUCCUCUGGUCUUCAAGGCACUUGCUUCUACCUGCCUUCCUUUUUUUUUUUUUGUCCAAGAAAAGGAAAGAGAAAAAGAAAAAGACGAACGCAAAACCGGAACACGCAGUCCACAAAGAACUUCUGCAGAUCCAAGGAGGAGCCUGGGGCACCUUGGCCUCCUCGCUUCCCAGGAUCCUGGCUGUGGGCUGGGUUUCCUGUCCUCAAUUUCAGGAUCGGUACAGGGAAUCAGAAUCUUGGAUGUUUUUGAUCUUUAUUUUCACUUGAACCUUUCCGACCGAGAAGCUGAAGCUGUCACUGCUAAAACCCUGUUUUUUUUUCCCAAGCAUGUCAGAAAGCUGGCAGCAGCAACAGCAGCAACCGCAGCAGCCACCGCCGCCGCCGCCUCCGCAGCAGCAGCACCACGCUGGGACCACCGCCCUCCCGGAACACUCCAUCCCGCCCAGCACCGCCGACAACCCCCUGGGCUGUGCCGUCUACGGCAUCCUGCUGCAGCCGGACCCGGGCCUGCAGCACCACCAGCACGCCCCGCUCCAGGCUGGGGAGCCCUCCCACAAAUGUGGGGUGUGCGGCCACGACCUCACUCACCUCUCCAACCCCCAUGAGCACCAGUGCUUGCCGGGCCAUGACCGCUCUUUCCAGUGUACGCAGUGUCUGAAGAUCUUCCACCAGGCCACCGACCUGCUGGAGCACCAGUGCAUCCAGGUGGAGCAGAAGCCCUUCGUGUGCGGUGUGUGCAAGAUGGGCUUCUCCCUCCUGACCUCGCUGGCGCAACACCACAACGUCCACAACGGCAACGCCAUGAAGUGCUCCAUCUGCGAGAAGACCUACAAGCCGCCCGAGGCGGAGCACCCGCAGCCUCUCGAUCCCUCGGAGAAGCCCUACAGCUGCUCCAUCUGCCAGAAAACCUUCAAGCACCUCUCGGAGCUGUCCCGGCACGAGCGCAUCCACACGGGCGAGAAGCCGUACAAGUGCACGCUGUGCGACAAGAGCUUCAGCCAGUCGUCUCACCUGGUGCACCACAAACGGACGCACAGCUCGGAGCGGCCCUACAAGUGCACGGUGUGCGAGAAGACCUUCAAGCACCGCUCGCACCUGGUGCGCCACAUGUACGCGCACUCGGGGGAGCACCUCUUCAAGUGCAACGUCUGCGAGCUGCACUUCAAGGAGUCGUCGGAGCUGCUGCAGCACCCCUGCACGCCCAGCGGCGAGCGGCCCUUCCGCUGCGGCGAGUGCCAGAAGGCCUUCAAGCGGCCCUCGGACCUGCGGCAGCACGAGCGCACGCACAGCGAGGAGCGGCCCUUCAAGUGCGACCUGUGCCAGAUGAGCUUCAAGCAGCAGUACGCGCUCAUGCGCCACCGCCGCACGCACAAGGCCGAGGAGCCCUUCAAGUGCAACCUGUGCGAGAAGGGCUUCGUGCAGCCCUCGCACCUGGUGUACCACCAGCACGUGCACGGCAUAGAGAACCUCUUCAAGUGCAACGUGUGCCAGAAGGGCUUCAACCAGUCCUCGGAGCUGCUGCGGCACAAGUGCGUGCAGAACGCCGAGCGGCCCUUCAAGUGCGCGGUGUGCAACAAGUCCUACAAGCGGGCCUCGGCGCUGCAGAAGCACCAGCUGGCCCACUGCGCCGAGAAGCCGCUCAAGUGCACGCUCUGCGAGAGACGUUUCUUCUCCUCCUCCGAGUUCGUGCAGCACCGCUGCGACCCGGCCCGCGAGAAGCCCCUCAAGUGCCCCGACUGUGAAAAGCGCUUCAAGUACGCCUCGGACCUGCAGCGCCACCGGCGCGUGCACACGGGCGAGAAGCCCUACAAGUGCCCCUCCUGCGAGAAGGCCUUCAAGCAGCGCGAGCACCUCAACAAGCACCACAGCGUGCACGCCCGCGAGCAGCAGUACAAGUGCAUGUGGUGCGGGGAACGCUUCCUGGACUUGGGCCUGCUGCAGGAGCACAGCGUCCAGCACACGGCCGAGGGCGCCUACCAGGUGGCCGCCUGCUUGCCGUGAGCCUCCUGCCCCCGGCGGCUUUCAGCUUGCAUGUGACACUCCCAAGCCUCGGCCUCCCCUUCCCUCUCCUCAGCUGGAGGCGGCCUCCAGGGAGUGCUGGGGG